UGUGAUGAUGUGUAAUAAUUGUACUGUAAUAUCCGGGGUUUGGUCGAGAGUCAGAAGAGGGAGUGUCUGCACAGUGAUUUCCCAGUAACACCAAAAAGCCACGGUGGUACUGUGCCUCCAUCGGAACUAACAUUAGCCUUGUGCUAGACACAACUGCGGGGAAUUAUGCUUGGUUUCUCAGGCAGAAAGGGACGCACAAAUCACCAACGAAACAUGGAAAUACGUUUAAUGCUUUCGAUUUAGGUCAGUAAACAUUCUCUGUUUGGUUUAGUCUAUGUUCUAGCAAAAAAUAUACCUACUCGACUUCGCCUGUCCCGCAGUCAGUAUGGAGAAGACGUUCUGCAGUCCCCAUCCUGGGACAAAUAAAACGGACUCUGCUUCUUUCCCGUCGGACAAGAGGAAUUCGUCUAGAAAGAUCGGACGUGCUGGUUCUCACAGCCCCGGCUCGGCUUCACUUGGGAGCGGGGCCGGUGGAGGAGGGAGUCGGGGAGGUUUAUUAGGGAACAGUAUGAAUUUUCAACAAGCGUGUAAGCGUCAGUUAGAAGGAGUAUUGAGCAAAUACACAAAUCUUAUUCAAGGAUGGCAGAACAGGUACUUUGUUCUGGAUCCGGAGCUGGGACAACUGCAGUACUUUGUCAAUGAACAGGGCAAGAGCCAGAAGCCCAGGGGAUCCCUACCUCUGAUUGGUGCCUCAGUUGUCCUGAGUGACGAGGCGCCCCACAUGUUCAUCGUCAGCUCAUUCAACGGCGAGCUUUACAAGCUCAGAGCGUCCGAUGCCAAAGAGCAGCAGUUCUGGAUGAACCAACUCCAAGCGUGUGCCCGACGCCACUCCGAUAGCAGUGCCAAGGUAUGGAAACUGAAGGGGUCCGACGAGCACCUGAGUGUGGAGAGAACGACAGGAGGCAGCCAAGAGGUGCUGGGUUCCUCGUCUUCGGGUCGAUCCCGGAGCGUGUCGCUUCUCCCCCACCUUCCACCGGCCGCCUCCUCACCUGGUACCCAGAGGCACUUGGCUUGUACGGGGACGCCCAGCAACAUCGUCACCAUAACCCACCACAAGUCCCCUGCCGCAGCCCGACGGUCCAAGAACCAGUACCCCGGCCAACUAAUGGAGGUCAAAGAGGUGAUGAGUCAAGCAGAGGGCCAACAGAAGAACCUGGUGCACUCCAUCGAGUCCCUCCCCACACGAGGACCCCUCUCCUGCCUGGACCAGGAUUUGUUGCUCCUCAAAGCCACAUCGGCCGCCACCCUCAGCUGCCUGGGAGAGUGCCUGAAUAUCCUGCAGCACACCCAGACCCACAGCCAGUCCCAGGAUCCCCAGUCCAACCACACCCGCGCCCCACUCUCCGAUGGUGUUCCUGUGUGGGCUGUACCAAAAUCGCACUCGGGGGAGCGCCUGAAGAACGGAGGCCUGACUCCUGUACGCUCUGCCGAGCCGUCUCCAGCGCUCAAGAAAAAAAGCUGUGCCCAUUGUGCUGAGCAGCACCCAGCAGGGUUGGACGCCAUCAGCCCCACUGAGGAGGUGACUGACAUGGAAGACAAUGAGGAGGAAGACCUGGGAGUGUUGGACGACCAGCGAAGCAUUAUUCUGCACCUCCUCUCCCAGCUCAAACUGGGCAUGGACCUCACCCGGGUGGUUCUGCCUACAUUCAUUUUGGAGAAGCGCUCCCUGUUGGAGAUGUAUGCUAACUUUAUGGCCCACCCGGACAUGUUCCUGUCCAUCACAGCUGGCGCCACAGCGGAGGAACGCAUUGUACGCUUUGUCGAGUACUACCUUACGGCAUUCCACGAGGGCCGCAAAGGAGCCGUGGCCAAGAAGCCCUACAACCCGGCGCUGGGAGAAACUUUUCACUGCUCCUGGGAGGUUCCCCGUGGCAAAGUGAGGCCCCUCAGGUCACAGGGCCAAAAAGAACAAACCUCCAGGGGCCCCAAAAACACACCUCAUCAGGAUGAUUCGUCGGGGGCUGGGUCUUAUUGGCUUCGCUUUGUGGCGGAGCAAGUGUCUCACCACCCGCCUGUUUCAGGGUUCUACUGCGAGUGCCCAGAGAAGGGGAUGUGUGUCAGCGCCCAUGUGUGGACUAGAAGCAAAUUCAUGGGCAUGUCAAUUGGUGUGUCCAUGAUUGGGGAAGGGACCUUAUGUCUUCUAGAGCAUGACGAGGAGUAUGUCUUCACGCUGCCCUGUGCCUAUGCCCGCUCCAUCCUCACUGUACCAUGGGUGGAGCUGGGUGGCAAAGUCACCAUCAACUGUGCCAAGAGUGGCUACUCAGCCACUGUCACAUUCCACACCAAACCUUUCUAUGGAGGGAAAGUACACAGGGUUACUGCAGAAGUCAAACACAACCCAACCAACACCAUUGUAUGCAAGGCCCAGGGGGAGUGGAACGGAACCCUGGAAUUCACUUAUAGCAGUGGGGAGACCAAAGUCAUUGACACAGCCAAACUGCCAAUCAUCAAGAAGAAGCUCCGGCCUGUGGAGAAGCAGGGACGGAAUGAGUCCAGGCGCUUAUGGCAGAAUGUCACCAAGUCAUUGAAAGAAGGAAAUAUUGAUGAGGCCACGGAACACAAGCAUCGCCUGGAGGAGCGCCAAAGAGGGGAGGAAAGACAGAGGGCUGCAGAAAACUCACCCUGGACACCUAAAUAUUUCAGCAAAGAGGGAGAAGGCUGGAUCUACAACAAUGCUCUGUGGAAAUCUCACUGACAAAAGAACUGCUCUAAUGGAGAAUAACCUAAAGCCUCUAGCCCUAAAUGAGGGGCCAGACUGGGGAAGGAUGAUGACGGAACAUCCUCUUGAGGGUGUGGUGCCACAUGUCCUCCUUUAGAAACUCAGAUACUGACUCUUAAUGAUAUGGACAAAGGAGGACACACAUGGGGAGCAAGUUGCCAAAGGGGGUUUCCACUUGAUCCAUCAGGGGUGAGGGCGGGUGGGAAGACAGUUUUUUAUAAUUAUAAUUUGAGGUAGAGCAUUUCUAUUUUUCACUUAGCAAAGGCCUUUUUUUCUUUGCACAAACACAGUCUGUUAUGAUUUGCCACAAGUAUUGUUUUUUUCUCCAGUUGUAGUUGUGUUGACACACAUUGUCAAUUUUGAAUUUGUAACAGGAAAAUUGCACAGAUAGAAUUAGUAAGACUGCAUAACAUGUAUUUGUUACUGUGCUUAAGUACAAAAAUGUAUGCAAGCAGUAAUUUAAGUACAUCUGUAUAAAAGGGCUGCUAACUUAGUAAAAUGUUAAAGGAAUAGAUUCAGAUUUGGGUGAAAUAACGCUUCCCACAAGCCAUUAGUCAACUCUGUUCCAGCCUGGAAUUAGCAUUAUUAGCAGUGUGCAAAAUCAUGAAUUGAAACUGUGCAUUUCUAGAUACAAAAGCUGCUUUGCAACGAAAACAAAUUCCAAAUUAUUUCCAACUAAGACUAGCAAUGUUGUUCAUCACAAAUAACCUGUCAAUGUUGUAUUCGCCGAAAUAAUUUCAUUUACGCUAUAUAAAGCUCAUUUUCAACGAAACUGAUACUUCAUAUUUUUUACAGGUCAGUUUUGUUGACAGUGGUAUAAAUCUGCGUUUUUUCAAGUUUCAACAUAACUUUAUUGACUACCCGGAACAACUACUUAGGAUUCUCCUUAGAUAAUCCAAUCUAUAGGUUGUUUAUCAAUUCCAAGUACGCUAAGAACUUAGUUGUGUCCUUGAGAACGUUCUUGACAGAAUGGUCUUGCAAAAUCGCGCCUACCUGGAUUGAGAUGCAUGUGUACUUGGCAAUUGCGCAAUACACCUCCACUCUAUGAGGGCAGUAACCUCCUCAGUAGUCCCUGAAUAAAAUAUUGUAGCGUCUCGCGGGGCAGUGUCUCGAACCCGCGCCCUAUCCCAUUUGGAGGGGCGAGUAGCGGCCCUACCAAGGUCGCUACACUACCCCCACCAAACAGGAGAGCGUGUCCUCACGCUUCAUUAUAGCAAGUCCCUCACGGAGAUACGCCUCUCCAAUGGCCAUCCGGGCCAAUCCCCCUUCUGACACCAAUGUAGCGUCUGGUGGUGCAGUGUCUCGAACCCGCGGGAAGUUUUUCCUGCUCUCCUGACAUCUUGAAAUUACUUCUGGGAUAUCAGAUGCGUUCUCGCUGAACAACUCACUAACCCAUGCAUCCUCCAUAAAAGAGGCGGAUCAAGUACACAUCUGGGAAUUUUAGGCGGUCUUGGUAACUUGCGUUCUUUGGAUUGGAACCGUACAUGGCCAUGAAAGAAAACGUCAAACGAGUUCACAAGUACGGACAAAAACGCGGAUUGAUAAACGGCCUAUAGCAUUCUCUCGCUACAGAUGACAUCAUAGCAGAAUAACCAAAGCGAUGUGUUGGCUAUGGAAAAUAGUUUGCAUAGUUCCAGUUUGAAGUCUUAUUUUCGCCAGCUGUUUCGUCAAAAUAAAAUCGAUGCUAGUGCGACAGAUGACUGAAUUUAGUUCUAAGUGUUAUUUCGCAAGUACCCGCUUGCAAUGCAGUUUUUGUAGCUUGGGAUGUACCAUUUCAAUUAAUGAAUUUGGACUACAGUAUGCUAAUUCCAGGCUGGGACAGAGAAGAAUAUCUUGGUCGAGCUAUCACUUCAAUGUAAUUGUGGUCCUGUCAUAAACAAAUGCUGACACCAGGUGCACUCCUGAUCAAGACACGUUGUCUUUCCACUGAACAUCGGAAAGUUUUAACAAUUCCGAACGCUGCUGCCCAUGCAGACAAGGUAAAAAAGAGAAUGUUCUAAUUGCUCAUCAGGGCAGAGCCUUACACCUCUACAAUUAAGAAGGAGUUGGGUUAAAUGCAGAAGCCACAUCUACUAUCUCCUUAAUAAAAUGACCCAGAAUACAAACACUCAAUUGGCCCUCAUUUUCCCAAUAGGUCCUUUUCCUCUUUCCAAGGGUGUGCCUAUCUAUACGUCUAAGCUAUAGCUGUACGCAGCUCACGACUCCUUAUUGUAAUAGUGUAGCGGGCUGCCUCUACAUUGAAUAAGGUGCAUAAGACAACCCCAUUCUCAUGUCAUCUCUCCACGUGCCAUUCAGGAUUAUGAUUUUGACAGGAUACGAAGUAUUUUUGUGGUUUCUGUAUAAUCCUGUUAAAUAUUUACAUUUUUGCAAAAUGAACUAACCUGACAUUAUGGGCUGUAGGCAUUUUGCUUGAAUAUAGAUUGCCUAUGUUUAUUGUUUAGCGAAACACAGAAGGAAAUAGGUUUGGGUUGAUCCACCUUUCUUUAGUUCUACGAAAAUUGAUCAAUGGCAUUACUUCUAGUUGUGAAUAAACUUAAACCAAUCAGUUUGAUAAUCGUCAGGAAUGAAAAUUAGCCAUCACAAAUCUGUCCAGUGUCUGUUCUUAAAUUACAAGUGACCUCAACCAGAACAGAUGCAUGAUUGAGUAGAAUUUGAUAGCUAGUGCAGCAAAUAUGCAUUACCAUGAUCAUUUACCUAACAACUCUCUCCUACGGUAUUGGCCUUAACACUGAGAAGCAAUUUUGUAUACAGGUGUUUUGAGUCCAUCACAAAUAGGAGUGACAGAGUUAUUUGGAAAGAACUUUCCACAAAAACAAUUGACUUUUUUCCCCAUAUCUAUGUUCACCCAAGAUAUUCUGAACGUUGGUGAAUUAAUAUGUUCCAUUAAGCUGAGUAAUGCAUUUAAGAGCAUUAACCAAACUAAUUUAUUUGGGUGAAAAAAACCUAUGCAACCCCUCAUUUGUUAUAGGUUGGAGACUGUAGGAAUGGAAGGAUAAGCGUUUUGUUCAAAUAAAUGUGCUCUGGCAAUCACAGCCCGUAUCGGUUCUUCCAUUGUAAUUUCAGAUUCUUAAGAGAAUUCUCCCAAGUAACCAGAGUCAAGUGGAAAAUACAGAACAGCUGUAAUUCAAAGGUUUGUGCUGCCAUCGUGUGGCAUGUUUAAUUCUCAGAAGCCUUACUUUAUACCCAAGCCUUUUAUUAAGAGAUAUUUCAGAGAGAUGGCCAUGUACAGGCCUACAGGGGAUUGUAUAACUAUUCACCCAUCCCCCUUUACCUUUUUCACAUUGUGUUGCAGUAAAAUGUGUGAUGAAAUGGAUGUAAUAGUGCUUUUUUGUGAUUGAUCGACAAAGUGAAAAAAAUGCUACAAAUGUUUACAUAUUAAUAAAAACUAAAACA